AUGAUGUGCUUUGUUGUCCUCUCAGUCCAACAGGUGGAGGUGGAGGAGGGGGUGGAGUCUGUCCAGCUGCCCUUCAGAACCACAGGUGACCUGCCUCAAGACGUCAGAGUGGUGUGGUUCAACAGAGACAAUGGCAGGACGGUCCAUGUGUACAAGAACGGCUCUGACCGACCUGAAGAACAGAACCAGGUUUACAGAGACCGAACAGAAAUGAAGAAAGACCUGCUGAGAACUGGAGACCUCAGUCUGACCCUGAAACACCCCAAAGUCACAGACACAGGAAGAUACAAAUGUGGAGUCUACAGGGAGGAAAACUACAUGAGAUGGAAAACAGUGCAGCUCAAAGUGAAAGAGAGAACUCAGGUCAAAGAUGAAACAGUCGACAUCAGGAACAGAAGCUGCUCCACUGAUCCAACUCCUCUGAUGGCUGAUCAAUCAGUUUGAUCGGUCUUUGAUCAGUCUGUGACGAUGGAUGAAGACAGGAGGACGCUUUGAUCGUGGCUGGAAACGUUGGAUCUCCACUGGAGUUUCAAAGUGUCUGUGGUUGAAGAGGUUCACAUCAACAGGAUGAAGAGGAAAGUUCCAGAUGAAACAUGUUGAUUGUCAGGAAACAUGGAAGCUUCAGUCAACAGGAGCUUUAGUAUCUACAGUACAGACACACAGAGCUCCAAACCUGCUGCUGCAUGCAGUCUGAACCAAGACAAACUUUACACAACAGGCCACAUUAGUUCUGUUGAAAUGAUGCUGAAGUUCAAACAACAACCACAGCAGGUCAAUAAAUGAAGACUUUGAAUUCAAAUCAAAGACAAAGGUUUACACAACAGGUGAUAUUUAAUCACCAUCAGAUUUAUUGGUGUUAGAGGAACAAACUGUGUUUUGACUUUGACUCUGAAACAACAAGAUGUAUUUUACAGUGGACAGUUUAAAUCCUCCUCAGUCUUUUAAAAGAAGAGAUGAAGUCAAAGAGAAGGAGAGAAGGUGAGAGGAGUCUUUUUCUCUGGACUCUAAUGGUGGAGGUUUCAGCUCCUGGUGAGGAGUUUAAUGACUGUGUCAGACCCAGCUCUCAGUCCUAGGUUAAGGUUUUUGGUGUGUGAUAGGUUAUCUACCUGCUCCUCCUCACAUGUGUUUACCUGAUCUUCUGACUGCCCACCUGUGAACUGAACCCUUUUGGAAAGUAAAGACUGAUGUUGUUGAA